AUGGCCCGUCUCUCACUCGUGGCUACCCUGGCCCUCUCGGGCACGGCCUCGGCACUCCAGGUCCCCCUGCAGAUGCCCUUUGGACUGUCGUCGCCGUGGUCGUCGCCUAAGCCGGACCUCCCGCUCGUCGAUAGCGAGACCCUGCAGGAUCGCAUCUCGGCUUCUGCGCUCGAGGAGCGUGCCCAGAUUCUGUACGACAUUGCCAGGAGGUCUGAGGAGGACUACGGACACCCGACUCGUGUGAUUGGGAGCCCUGGCCAUACCGGCACACUCGACUACGUCCAGAGGUCGCUCGCCAAGCUCGGGUCGUACUACAAUGUCUCGACGCAGGACUUCCCCGCCGUGACGGGUGACGUGUUCGAGUCGCGUCUGGUGAUUGGCGAUGAGGUGCCGGCAUCUGCGACGCCGAUGGGUCUCACACCUCCGACGAGGCAGAACGAGCCGGUGCACGGUGACCUGGUCCUCGUCGCCAACGAGGGCUGCGAGGCGUCCGACUUCCCCAAGAACGCCAAGGGUAACAUCGUCCUUGUGAAGCGCGGCACGUGCCCCUUUGGCACCAAGUCUGAGCUUGCGGGCCGGGCCGGCGCCCUCGCGGCGGUCGUGUACAACACCGACGCCGAGGUCGUGCACGGCACGCUGGGCACACCGUCGAUCCACCACGUCGGCACCUUUGGCAUCGGUGGCGAGGAAGGAGCCCGGUACGCCGACAAGCUCUCCAAGGGCGAGCCGCUCGACUCGAUCGCCUACAUCGACGCCGAAGUGCGCACCAUCAAGACGACCAACAUCCUUGCCCAGACCGUGGGCGGCGACCCGGACAACUGCGUCAUGCUGGGCGGCCAUAGCGACAGCGUCGCCGAGGGACCGGGAAUCAACGACGACGGCUCCGGCAGCCUGUCCCUACUCGAGGUGGCCACGCAGCUCGCGGCCUUCAGCGUCAACAACUGCGUCCGCUUCGCCUGGUGGGCGGGCGAGGAGGAAGGCCUCCUCGGCUCGGACUACUACGUCUCCGUUCUUCCGGAGGACGAGAACGCCCGCAUCCGCCUCUUCAUGGACUACGACAUGAUGGCCAGCCCCAACUACGCCUACCAGAUCUACAACGCCACCAACGAGGAGAACCCUGAGGGUUCAGCCGAGCUGCGCGAGCUCUACCAGGACUGGUACAGGGCUCACGACCUCAACUACACGCUCAUCCCCUUUGAUGGCCGCAGCGACUACGACGGCUUCAUCAGGAAUGGGAUCCCUGGUGGGGGUAUUGCUGCUGGUGCUGAGGGCAUCAAGACUCGCGAGGAGCAGGACAUGUUUGGUGGACAGGAGGGCAAGUGGUAUGACGAGUGCUACCACCAGCUUUGCGAUGACACGAGCAACGUUGACCUCACAGCUUGGGAGGUCAACACCAAGCUCAUCGCUCACUCUGUUGCCACCUACGCCGUCUCCUUCAAGGGCUUCCCCGAAAGGACUCUCGAGGCGGAUAUCGCUACCCGCAACGUCGAGACCAAGUACCACGGUCACAAGCUUGUCAUGUAA